AUGGUGCGGGAGGUGCUCGCCGGUGUCGCGGCGGCCCGCUGGGCGGCGGACAACCUGGCGAGACGACUUGAGAAGGGGCUGCGGGAGGCGAAGGAAGUCAUCGCCUGCUCCCAGGCGCAGCUGGAGUGCGGUUCGGGCGGCGACGCCCCGGAGGCGGAGGCCCGCCGCCGCGAAGCCAUCGCGCGGCCCGCCUUGGUUGCGCGCGUCCGCGGACGCCGCGAAACCAGGGCGCAGCGGCUGCGGCGGCACGUCGCGUGGCAUGCCGAGCGCUGCCCGUCGGCAGACGCCCCUCCGCAGGCAUGGCGCAGGGCUCAACGCGGGCCGCGCCUCCCAGGAGGGCCCCUUCCUGGUGAUGGGCACGGCUGUGUGGCGCAGAGUGCCAGCGUGUGUGAGGUGGAGACCUGCGUCUGCGAAGUGCAGCCGCCGAUUGAGUGCGCAUUGGAUGUCUGCGUGGCCGAAGCGCCAGCGCGGCUGCCCAGCGCCCGAGUGGCGGCCGCGAGGACCCCGCUGCGGUCUAGCGCCCAGCCGCGCCUCCCCGAGUGGGCGCGUUGGGCCGCGCUGCUGGAGGAGCUCGGCGUGGCGCAGCUGGCCGAGCAGGGCUGCAGCGAGGUCGGCGCCGAGAGCACCGAGGCGGAGGAGAUCAUGGAGCCGCCCCUGGCCGCGGACAGCGUCGACUGCUCCGCGGGCGAUGGCCACUCGAGCUCGGAGGGCGCGUUCGUUUCGUUCCUGGACGGCUUCUCGGUGGCGGCGGUGGCGCGUGCGGCCAAGGGGCCGAAGUCGGGAGUUGAGUCGCUCCUGGACUUGGCCGAGGCCCGCGCCCUCGGCGUCCGCCUCGGAGGUGCAGGUUGCGCAGAUGCCGAGGAGCACGGCAUGGGGCUCGCGGCGGCCUUGGCUGCGCGUGAGGUCGUCGCUGUCUACGGCUGCGAGCCCGAGGAGGAUCGCGCCAUGGCGGCGCGUUGCUCGGCGUGGCGGCCGAACCGCGCGGCGACUUCCGAGAGCGAGGACAGCUUCGUGGGGGACUCGGAGUUCGAGGAUCUCGAGUCUGAGCACUGGCAGUUCCUGCGUGACGAGUUCUCGGACGGCAGCGAGCAGGCCGCGGAGCACGAGGGGCUGCGGUUGCUCGAGGCGGCUCAGGACUUCGGCCAGGCUGAGCGAGGCUCGCGGGCGGCGGCGCUGGCGUGGCGCGCGGCUGCCCUCCGCCGUUCCCUGGAGGCUCACUGGCAGCUCGCCAACCGCGCGGGCGCCCACGCUCCCAAGUUCGGGGAGGCGAUCGCGGCCGCGCGGGUCUUCGGGGCGAAGUUGGCUGCAGGGGCUGUGCAGGUUUCGCCCGCGCCGAGCAUUGGCGACGGCGAGGGCGACGGCGGCUCGGGCCUUUCUGCCUCCGAGCGGAGCCUGGCGGCGGAGCUCGGGGGCAAGAGGGGGCAGGACGAGCUGGAGAGCGUGGACGCGGUGUGGGAGAGCGACGUCGCUGUCGAGGUCUGCGUCGCCGAGCCCGCCGCGGAGCCCUGCCAUCCCGCGGGGCCACGGGCGCGCCGGUGGUCAGGCGCCCUGCCGUGCAGGUCGCGGCGCACGCCGCUGCGGGGCGGGGCCGUGCCGUACUCGGUGGUCGAGGCGUUGGGCUGCGGGCCCCUGGCUCCUGCGGACAGGGUGGGCCGUGCGCCGCUGCCUCCCGUCUUGGGACAUGCGAGUGCAGAGCGUGGUGCUAGCGGUCGUGCCAGCGUGGACGGCAGUGCUGAUGCCAGCGACGUUGGCUCCUCGAGGCCGUCUACUCGUGGGCCAGUCGAGUAUGCCGACGACGUCGUGCCGCACCUGGGCGGUUGCUGCGUCGGCAGCGACGACAUCGUGGAGGGGCCCGCGGGGGGCUCGGCCAACGAGGACGCCGUCGGCAUGGAGCCCCUGGUCGCGGACUCCGUCGGCUGCACGGCGGGCGAUGGCCACGCGGGCUCGGAGUGCGGUUUCGUGUCAUUCCUGGACGACUUCUCGGUGGCGGCGGUGGCGCGUGCGGCCCAGGGGCCGAAGUCGGGAGUUGAGUCACUCCUGGACUGGGCCGAGGCCCGCGCCCUCGGCCAGAUGGCGCGGGCGGGAUCGCCGCGUGGCGGUUCCUGGCAUUCGGCGCAGCGGCGCUCGCGCGCCGAGCGGACCGCUGCGCGUCGGCGGGCGCAGGAUGCAUGCGACCGCGGGCUGGAGGCGGCGCGUGCGGAGGCAGAGGCCCUGAGUGCGGAGCUCGACGAGUGCCACUCGUGGCUCGACGCGCUCGGUCGGGCCCUGGGCGACGGGGCGGUGGCCCGGCGGCUUGCCGCAGUCGCUCCGGCCCUUGCUGCCCUGCUGGGGGGGUUCAUGCCGACGGUGAGCGUCAAGUUAGGGCGCGACGUCGCGCUUCAUUCGGCAGCCGAGGGGCUGGACGUCGACAUCUGCGUCGCCGCGCCUUUGGCGCGCCUUCUGCCGGCGCUGGCUGCGGAGGCCCCCCGGCCUGAGCGCGGGCCAGUGCAGAUGCGGGCUGAGGCGGCCCCUUCCUGGCCGCGUCGGCCUGCGGGCUGCUGGGCCAUGCUGGGGCCCGCCCGCGUCGACGUGCUCCUCGCUGCCCUCGGCGCCGCGCCGGCUGUCGAGGUCGCGGGCGGCACCGUGUGGCAGGUGACGGACGGCAGCGACCUACCAGCAGGCUCAGGGCACAAGCUGGAGGACGUGGCCGAGUGCACGCGCAAGUACUGCUCGGGUCUGGGCGAGGCGGAGCGCGGGGGCCUGUGCGAACACGCAGGCGGCACCAAGUGUCUGGCGACGGGAAGCCGCGGUUUGCUAGCAGGCUCCGUGGGCAAUGCUGAGGCGGACCUCGAGGAGGAGGAGUUCGUCUCGGAUGGCAGCGAGCGCGGCUCGGCCCUGGGAGAGGCGGAGCACGGGGGCACGGCAAUGCACGGCAGCGACGACGGCUUCGAUGACGGCUACCCUGAAGCGGAGCAGGACUUCGACUUUCAUGCCCGCAUGAGGGCCAGCGACGAAGCUUGGCAGGCUGCCCUGGCAGCCCGACUGAGGGCCAGGGAUGAAGCCUGGGAGGCCAGCCUCGAGGAGUCGAUCGAGCCGCGGCAGCGCCCCCAGGGCGGCCCCAGGGGCUGCGACAGCGACAACGAGUCGGGCAGCGAGGCGGCGGGCAGCCAGGUCUGGAGCGAGACGGAGGUCGCGAGCUUCCUGGAGGCGUCUGCGGAGGAUACCCCGUACAGCGAUCGGUUCCAGAGGGCGCUCCUGCAGUCCGGUCUCUUGCACGUCAAGCACAGGUCGCUGCUCGAGCGCUCCGUCCUGAGCAUGGUCACGAUCUUCGUGCUCCUGCUGUGGCUCUUCCACCUGCGUCGGCCUCUGCGCGCAUCCCCUGCGGCCUGUGUAUAG